UCAAAUAAAAUAUAUUUAUCUAUUUUUCAGAACGGAAAUGAAAUUCAGAAAGGCCAUUAGAGACACAAUUCCGGACACAAUCUCUGGUCAGCAAAUCACUUCAGAUAUAAAUGACAUAAGCAGUGACAUAAACGAAGAAGAAAUCGAGCACAUUUGCCAGUAUCCAGACAUCAACGCUUCCGUCAACAAAGUCCAGAGCUUGCUGAACACGGUUGCAGAAAUUGUUCUAAAGAAUGAGGUACAGGAAGAAAAAUCGAAGAGAAUGGGAGAAAUGUUGGUGACCAUACAAAAGCUCAUGCAGAGGUUCCAGCAGGGUAAUUUCAGAACUGUACAGCGAUCUAUUGUGAGCUACAGUGAAAUGAAGCAAUCAAGUGAAAAGGAAAAGAUCAAAAGGUAGCUGAAAAUAAUAUUU